AUGAUUCGCUCUAUAUUUGCUUGUUUUAAUGGAAAAGUGUCACAUAAGAAAGCAAAGGUAGAGCCAGUAGAUGUAGAAGUCACAAAAACUGUUUACAGAGAUGAGUUGACAAAAAAAGAAAGGGCAAGGAAGGUGAAGAAAACUGUGAGGUUUGCAGAAAAAGAAGCUACCAUUUUGGGAGAAGAUGAUGAAAAGGAGUUUGAGAAAAGAAGGUGUGAGAGUGGUGGUAACGAGGAGGGAGAAAAGGAAGGGAUGAGAGUGAGGGUUAAAUUGACAAAGGAAGAAGCUGCAAGGUUGCUAUCAAAAUGCAAUGGAGGAACUCUCCAAUUCAAGGAUAUUGCUCAUGAACUCGUGUUCAUCCCUGUUAACCGAGUUUGCAUAUUGUCCAAUGCUGCUAACACUUUGUAG